AAAAAACUGAACUAAUCUGAAAUUCUGAAAAUAAAUAUACAAAGGGUAAAACAAUGCCAACUUUUGAAUGGAAAUCAAAAAACCAAAAACGGAAGAUUUGCAAAGCACUUAAAUUUGAAGUCUCUCAUCAUCCUCUGAAGACAAAUCAUGUACUUUUUAAAAAAAUCUCAAACAAAGGCUUCAUUGAUGACUUGAGUAAAUGGAGUGCUGGCUUUGAAGAAAUAGAUCCACUGCUUAAGUUUGAACAGAUGGCUUUAGAUGAAGAUCUUGUUCAUGCUGAUGAUGAGGGUAUAGGGGUAAAUUAUGCAAAAGAAUGGAAUACAAGACGUACAAUAGUCCUCAAUAGAUACACAACUGGAGAGAAGUUAACAAUAGUCAGUAGUUUUUUGCCUGGUGGUGAGAAAAUUAGUACUUUUUCAGCCCUCAUAAGACAGGUUUCAAAUUUGAACGAAAAAGUUAAAAAUAGACUGGAGCAAUUGGAUGAUUUUGAUGAUGAUUCAGUGAGGAAAACAAUGGGUUUGAGCCAACAAGAAUUUGUUACCAAAAUAAAUAUGUUGAAUGAUGAAAUUAAGAAGGCAUGGGAGUCUGAGCAAAGAGUUAAAGCUUUUAAAAUAGGGAUCCAAUGUUCCAAGCUACUGUCAGAUGUUAAUGUCAUGCACUUUUAUCCGAGCAAGUUCAUUCUCAUCACCGAUAUCCUGGACACAUUCGGUAACUUAGUCUUCGAUAGGCUCUGUGAAAAAAGUUUUGGGCAAAAGCUUGUGAAGCCUGUUCAGGACAUCAACCCGAAGGAAGUGCCGGAAACGGCGAGAGAAACCUGUCAGAACUGGUUGUAUAAGAUGGCGUCGAUUAGAGAGCUUCUGCCGCGCCUUUACAUGGAGAUGGCUCUGUUGAAAUGCUACUCGUUUACAUCGAAAGAGGAAAUAAAACCGACAAUCGUGAGACUGACUGCGAUGAUCAGAGGGAUAGGAAAUCCCUUAGUUGCGAUCUAUUUAAGGGCAUACCUCUGUAAGGUGGCGUCUAAAUUAUUAGGGAACGAGUGCUCUGAUUAUUUUUAUGAAAAUUUGAAGCAAUUUAUUGAGGAGUAUCAACAGGUUUAUCAUGUGGCCAUGAAAAAGAAAUACGAAGGACAAUUACUUACCUUAGAUAAAUAUUUAAACAUUUACAUGCCGGCCGUUGAUUGGCUGUUUUUUGGAACUUUGCAUUCUACCAACUGCAAGGAAACACUUUUGGAUCAAAUGCUUCAACAAUGUCAGAAAAUGCAAAACAAUGAAUUGCUCCUGUGUGGUAUUCUGUCUGCAUUUGAUUCGAAAAUUAUAAUUAAAAGGUCUACAAAAAUACUAGAUAUGAUUGUGGAAUCUGCUGAUAAAAUGGUACUGGUCCAUGACGUGUUGACUUCGCUCGGCGAACAUUUAUGCGCGUCAGAAAACUGCCGACAAGUCAAUUCAGAGACACUGAUUCAAACUUGGUGGAAGAUAGCCAGCAACAUAAGGUCUACUGUGCACUUUUUGCAAGUUUUGGGACCGUGGCUACAAUUCGCUUGUACAAAUUUAUCGACCCAGCAUGUGAAUAUAAUUCUGCGUGGAACAAUACGUUACCUGAUCAAGUGCGGGAAAUCGGCUGACGAAUUUUCCGGCAACUUACAGAUCGUCAUCAAAAGGAUGCUCGGAUCAGUUCCGGACAUCGAGGAAUGUUUUCUGAUGGAUGCGUUUAUGCCGCUCAUAGAAUUGGUACAGACGACGAACGCACGUACCUUAAUGGCGAAAACGGUGUUGUCAACGUUCUUUACGCGGUAUAACUCUCUUCACAUCGACGACCAUAUUGUUAUAACCUCACUGAUGUGCCUCUGCUGCACCCUCCACGAUUCCAUAAAUGCUAUAACGGUAGAUGACGAAACAAAAGUGUGCAGCGAACUCAUAAACAAGUUCGUCCACGCGGGCACGUUUCAUGAGGACUUCGAGCAGCAGUUGAACUUCUACGUGGAAUGUAGGUCCUCCUUCAUUAAACUCGACGCUGUACUCGUUGCUCUAGUGCAGAAGGUAAAUGGUUUAGCGAUACGUGCCGGCGACGCACGGAACAAAUGGCUGCAGAGGGCGUGUGCGGCCUAUUGCUACAUCACGGUCCCUUCUCUGCACUGCACCAUCACUAAGGCACAGCUGUACCUGCUCUCUGGACAAGUCGCCUUGCUCAACAACUGCAUUGGACAAGCGGAAGCAAAUUUUAAAGCCCUCAUAGGCUUGAUACCAGGUAUUCCGGAGUACAUUCUAGAAGAUGGACAAAAAAAAUCAACCAAUGUCAAAGUAGAAGGAAUAUUGCGCGAUUUCUUAUCCACACUUCUUGUUUUGCCGGACAACGUGGACAGCAACUGCAAAGCGUACAUACUGAGCGGACUGAUCAAGACAAUGGAGAGGGUGCACUGGCGUAAAACGGACCCGCGCUACUACAACACGCUUUUGAACAUUCUAGAUCUGCUCAGCGAAAUGGCGCAGGAGGAUUACGCACAUCACAUCGAUUCCGUUCUAUCAAACGACAAGCUGUAUGGUUGCGACGAGGAAUUCGUUUCGGUCUUAGACGGGUAUGCGACGGACAUAUGCCAGGAGUUGCUCGUGGUACUGAAAGCGCUCGGCGACAACAAAGAGACCAAGAAACAGUACAAUUUGACGUUGGAAUUAUUCUGGCGCGUGAUAAGACGCGCCGAUUUAGAACAACAUUCCAUGCUCACUUUAGCGGCCAACUUGUGGAUGCUUUCAAAGAAAAUACAAGAUCCCAAUAAUAAACUCGCAAAAAGCAUUCUUUCCGCGCUACGCACCUCUGAAGAUCUCGCAAGUCGACAGCUGCUCGAGAAGUUAGAACAAGGUGUUCAAACCUGAAACAGAUUAUCCUAAUGACUACAUGAAGAUAUGAUAUACAUCUAAACAUUCCUACAAUCUGUUUACUAUUCAAAAUACACGAAAUCUGAUUAGACUAUUGUUAUUAUAAGUUUGAUUAAAUUUCAACAUUUUAUUUCCGAAGAAUUUGUACCUUAUAUGAAAAUCAUAAAUAAUAAAAUAAAAAAUAAUGAGAUAUAUAUACAUAGACAUGUCUCAUUAAUGUAAACAACAUGUUAAUAAAGAAUUUUUCUGAUCAAAACAUAAUUUAAAUAACAAAACAUA